GUAGUACGUAGGGGCUGGCUAGCCGCCAUCUUGCUUCUUUUUCUCGCUCGCUCUCUCCCUCUCGGGAAGCAGCGAAAGUGCUUUGGCGGUUUGUCCAUCCGCAGCUUCGGCUUCCCCGGUCGGGUGGUCCUUCCAUCCCCCCCCACCCCUCGCCUCCCCUUCCCCUUCCCUCGGUCAGAGGGCGGCAGAGACUCUCGAAGUGCGCAGACACACUCCGCUUGACACUCGCCCUGGCCGGUUUGAAGGGGUGUGGCAGGAGGUUUUGGACUCGAUGAGUUUCCACCGAAAUGUCGGAGAAGUCAGGCCAGAGCACAAAAGCAAAGGAUGGGAAAAAGUAUGCAACACUCAGUUUAUUUAAUACUUACAAGGGUAAAUCUUUAGAAACUCAGAAAACCACAGUUGCAGCUCGACAUGGAUUACAGAGUCUCGGAAAAGUUGGUAUUUCACGGCGUAUGCCUCCACCUGCUAACCUCCCAAGUCUCAAAGCAGAAAACAAAGGCAAUGACCCUAAUGUGAACAUUGUACCUAAAGAUGGCACAGGAUGGGCAUCAAAACAAGAACAGCAUGAAGAAGAAAAAACACCAGAAGUUCCACCAGCACAGCCAAAACCUGGGGUUGCAGCUCCCCCAGAAGUAGCACCUGCUCCCAAAUCUUGGGCCAGUAACAAGCAAGGUGGGCAAGGAGAUGGAAUCCAGGUGAAUAGUCAUUUUCAGCAAGAAUUUCCCAGCCUACAGGCAGCUGGAGAUCAGGAAAAAAAAGAAAAAGAAACGAAUGAUGACAACUAUGGACCUGGACCCAGUUUACGUCCACCAAAUGUUGCUUGUUGGAGAGAUGGUGGGAAGUCUGCUGGCUCACCUUUAACAUCUGACCAAGAUGAAAAGCCCUCUGGGCAGGAUGAAAGCACAGCUGGAACAUCAGAACAAAGUGACAUCCUCAAAGUGGUGGAAAAGAGGAUAGCUUGUGGCCCUCCACAGGCUAAACUGAACGGGCAGCAGCCUGCUCUGGCUUCCCAGUACAGGGCUAUGAUGCCUCCUUACAUGUUUCAGCAGUAUCCGAGGAUGGCUUAUCCUCCUCUUCAUGGUCCUCUGAGGUUUCCGCCUUCUUUAUCUGAAACGAACAAAGGCCUUCGAGGAAGGGGCCCGCCUCCUUCAUGGGCCUCUGAGCCUGAACGCCCCUCCAUCCUUAGCGCAUCAGAACUAAAGGAGCUUGAUAAAUUUGAUAACCUCGAUGCUGAAGCUGAUGAAGGUUGGGCAGGUGCUCAGAUGGAAGUAGAUUAUACAGAACAGCUGAAUUUCAGCGAUGACGAUGAGCAAGGAAGUAGUAGCCCUAAAGAAAAUAGCAGUGAGGAUCAAGGUUCAAAAGCCUCUGAAAACACUGAAAACCGAAAAGAAGCAGAUGAAGCUUGCAACACUAAAUCGUCUUCUCAGAUACCUGCCCAGCCAUCAGUAUCAAAAGGUCCCUACGGGAAGGGACCCUCAUUUAAUCAGGAACGUGGACCGUCUUCACACCUGCCGCCACCUCCAAAAUUGCUUGCACAACAGCAUCCUCCUCCAGACCGACAGGCAGUACCUGGAAGACCAGGCCCUUUCCCCCCCAAGCAGCAAGUACCGGAUGAAGAUGAAAUAUGGAAGCAAAGAAGAAGACAGCAGUCAGAACUUUCUGCCGCAGUGGAACGUGCUCGGAAACGGCGCGAAGAGGAAGAGCGAAGAAUGGAAGAGCAAAGGAAGGCAGCGUGUGCAGAGAAACUGAAACGGUUGGAUGAAAAGCUUGGCAUAGUGGACAAACAGCCAUCUCCAGAGGAGAUUAGAGAAAGGGAGCGAGAAAAAGAAAGAGAGCGCGAGAAAGAACUUGAGAAAGAACAGGAACGGGAGCGAGAGAAGGAGAGGGAAAAAGAAAGGGAGAGGCAACAGGAGAAGGAGAAAGAACUGGAGAGAGAGCAGGAAAAACAGAGAGAAAUGGAAAAGGAAAGAAAGCAAGAAAAAGAGAAAGAACUGGAACGGCAGCAGGAAAAGGAAAAAGAACUGCAAAAGAUCAAGGAACAGGAAAAAGAAUGUGAGUCGGAGAAGAAAGAAAGGGAGAAAGUGGAGGAGAAAAUCGAACACAAAGAACCUACUUUAGAGCCUGUGGUAGAGAAACCAGAAAGUGAAAACACCUGUAGUAAAGAGGAUGACCCAGUUUUCAUUAGACAAGACAGCAAUCGCAGUGAAAAAGAGACCACGCAAGUGGCACAUGAAACAGAGCCAGAAUCAGGGUCUCAGCCUCGGCCUGCUGUAUUAUCUGGUUAUUUUAAACAGUUUCAGAAGUCUUUACCGCCUCGAUUCCAGCGACAGCAGGAACAGAUGAAACAGCAGCAGUGGCAGCAGCAGCAGCAGCAGCAAGGUGUCCUUCCACAGGCAGUCCCUUCACAGCCAUCUAGCGGUGCGGUCCCUCCCCCACCACACAGACCUCUUUACCAGCCCAUGCAGCCUCACCCUCAGCAUUUGGCUUCUAUGGGUUUUGACCCAAGGUGGCUCAUGAUGCAGUCAUACAUGGAUCCUCGAAUGAUAUCAGGUAGACCUGCUAUGGAUAUUCCGCCCAUUCAUCCUGGAAUGAUUCCUCCCAAGCCAUUAAUGAGAAGAGAGCAAAUGGAAGGAUCACCAAACAGUUCUGAGUCAUUUGAGCAUAUAGCACGAUCUGCAAGAGAUCAUGCAGUCUCCCUCUCUGAACCUCGUGUGAUGUGGGGGUCGGAUCCCUAUCCUCAUACGGAGCCUCAACAGGCCACUGCUCCCAAGGCAACAGAAGAACCUGAGGAUGCAAGGCCUGAAGCCUCACUGGAUCCGGAACCGAUUACUGCUGCUUAUCCUGUAGAACACAGUCAAUUAGAGGCUCAUCCAAAAGCAGACUUUGUCAGAGAAUCAAAUGAGACAGAAGUACAAAAGUUUUUAAGCAGAUCUGUGGAAGACAUUAGACCUCGCCAUACUGACACAAAUAAUCAGUCUGCUUGUUUUGAUGUUCCUGAUCAAAAACCUGUAUCCACUCCUCCAGAAGAGCGGAUUUCGGCUGGAGUGGAAAGUCAGCCUGCCCGGAAAAGAAGUGUUUCCCAUGGCUCUAACCAUACUCAAAAGUCAGAGGAGCAAAGAAGUGAGCCAUCCGUAAGCAUUCCUAAAGUAACCAGCAGAUGCACUGAUUCAAAGGAACCAACAGAGAGGACUGAGGAAAAACCAAAGAAGGAUGGCUUUAUACGAUCUUCUGAAGGACCAAAACCUGAAAAACUAUAUAAAUCCAAAUCGGAAACUCGUUGGGGCCCAAGGCCAAGCUCCAACAGAAGAGAAGAGGGUAGUGAUAGGCCUGUGAGAAGAUCGGGUCCCAUUAAAAAACCAAUACUUAGAGAUAUGAAAGAGGAACGAGAGCAACGGAAGGAGAAAGAAGGGGAAAAGGGAGAAAAGGUCCCUGAGAAACUUGUAAAACCCGAGAAGACGGAAAAGAAAGAUCCUGUCCCUCCAGUCCCACCACCUGCUGCGCCAACUCAGCCACAGUCAGCUCUACCACCACCUCAACCAGAACCAGAGAAAUUCCGUUCAACAGAAACUUCAACUUUGGUUCAAAAGCCACCUCAAGAUGCUGAGAAGCCCUCAGAACCUGUAAGUAGUGUUGAGGUAGAGCCUGUGGCUAAAACUGUAAACCCACAGAUUGUCACAGCACCAACAGUCAAAGAAGAAAAACAACCUGAGAAAGUUGGUAGCAAAGACCUUGUAGAGAGGCCUCGACCAGAUUCAAGACCAGCAGUUAAAAAAGAAUCCACUUUACCCCCUAGGACCUAUUGGAAAGAAGCGAGAGAUAGAGAUUGGUUUCCAGAUCAAGGGUACAGAGGUCGAGGCCGAGGCGAAUACUAUUCCAGGGGCCGGAGCUAUAGAGGUUCUUACGGAGGGCGUGGCCGUGGUGGGAGAGGGCACACUCGAGAUUAUCCUCAGUAUAGAGACAGUAAGCCACGGACAGAGCAUGUGCCCUCAGGACCUCUCAGACAGCGAGAAGAAAGUGAAACACGAAGUGAGAGCUCCGAUUUUGAAGUCGUUCCCAAAAGGAGACGACAGCGAGGUUCAGAGACUGACACAGACAGUGAAAUUCAUGAAAGUGCAAGUGACAAGGAUAGUUUAAGCAAAGGUAAACUUCCCAAAAGAGAGGAGCGUUCUGAAAACAAAAAGCCCAUGAAGCCUCAGUCUUCUUUCAAGCCUGAAAAUCACAUCCGAAUAGAUAAUAGACCUCUAGAAAAACCUUAUGUGAGGGAUGAUGAUAAAUCUAAACCAGGCUUCCUUCCUAAGGGAGAGCCUACACGGCGAGGCAGAGGGGGAACAUUCCGACGCGGUGGAAGGGAUCCUGCAGGUCGGCCAUCACGCCCUUCCACCAUCCGAAGACCUGCUUAUCGGGACAAUCAGUGGAACCCAAGGCAGGUAGAAGCUCCUAAGCCAGACGAUGAAGAGCCACCAAGAAGGCAUGAGCAGUUUCUGCCUAUACCAGCAGAUAAACGACCUCCAAAAUUUGAGCGAAAAUUUGACCCAGCUAGAGAGAGGCCCCGAAGACAACGUCCUACCCGGCCACCGAGACAAGACAAGCCACCUAGAUUCAGACGUCUCAGAGAGAGGGAGGCUGCUUCAAAAACCAAUGAGGUGGCAGUGCCCACAAAUGGCCCAAUUAAUAAUGUCAUUCAAGAACCAGUUAAUCCUGCUGGGGAGAUUUCUGGAAACAAGACACCAGACUUAUCUAAUCAGAACUCUUCAGAUCAGGCAAAUGAGGAAUGGGAAACAGCUUCUGAAAGCAGUGAUUUCAAUGAGAGGCGUGAAAGAGAUGAAAAAAAAAAUGCUGAUUUGAAUGCACAAGCAGUUGUAAAGACCGGAGAGAAUGCUUUACCUCCAAAAAGGGAAAUAGCAAAGAGAAGUUUUUCUAGCCAGAGACCUGGCAUAGAUCGCCAGAAUCGGCGCGGCAACAGCGGUCCACCCAAAUCUGGAAGGAAUUUCUCAGGUCCUAGAAAUGAAAGGAGAAGUGGGCCGCCAUCAAAAAGUGGGAAGCGAGGGCCAUUUGAUGACCAGUCUGCGGGCACAACUAUUGUUGAUCCCGUCAAUGGCAGCUCUGCACACCACCAGGAAGGAGCACCAAAUGGUACAGGACAGAAGAACUCCAAAGAUUCGACAGGGAAAAAAAGAGAAGACCCCAAAUCAGGCCCCAAAAAACCCAAAGAGAAAGCAGAUGCACUGUCACAGUUUGAUCUCAACAAUUAUGCAAGUGUUGUUAUAAUUGACGACCAUCCUGAAGUAACAGUAGUUGAAGACCCCCAGUCAAAUUUGAAUGAUGAUGGUUUUACGGAAGUGGUUUCCAAAAAACAACAAAAACGUUUACAGGAUGAGGAACGUCGAAAGAAGGAAGAACAAAUCAUACAGGUCUGGAACAAAAAGAAUGCAAAUGAGAAGGGAAGAAGUCAGACUUCUAAGCUUCCUCCAAGAUUUGCCAAAAAACAAGCUACAGGACCCCAGCAGGCCCAGUCUCCAGCUACAGCUCCUGCUCCAGCCUCAGGCCCAGGCCCAGGCCCGGCCCCAGCCCCAGCCCCAGCCCCAGCCCCAGCCCCAGCCCCAGGCCUAACUGCAGCCUCGUCUCCACUCCCAGCCGCGGCCUCCAUUCCUGUCCCACCCUCCACCUCAGCUGCAGCUACCGUCUCUUCUGCAGCCCCAGCCUCUGUCCCCAUCCUCACCUCAGCCCCAGCCUCAGCCGCAGCCUCUGUGCCCAUCCUCGCCUCAGCCUCCAUUCCCAUACUUGCUUCUGCCCUAGCCCCGGCUUCAACCUCAACCCCAGCCGCCUCAGCCCCAGCCGGCCCAACCCCGAUUCCAACCCCGACCCCGGCCCCAGCCCCAGCCCCCACCCUAGUCCCCGCCCCACCUUCAGCUCCAGCCCUUGUCCCCAUCUCUGCUCCAGCCCCCACUGCACCAGCCCAGACUCAGGGCCAGACUCAUAAACCAGUCCAGAGUCCACUUCAAACUACGACACAGUCUUCAAAACAGCCACCACCUUCAAUCAGACUACCUUCAGCUCAGACACCUAAUGGCACAGAUUACGUAGCCACAGGAAAAUCCAUCCAGACCUCACAGUCACAUGGCACACUUACAACCGAAUUAUGGGAUAACAAGGUGGCCCCACCAGCUGUGCUGAAUGACAUCUCAAAGAAAUUAGGUCCCAUUAGUCCACCACAGCCACCUUCAGUCAGUGCGUGGAAUAAGCCCCUAACAUCGUUUGGAUCAGCUACUUCAUCAGAGGGAACGAAGAAUGGUCAAGAAAGUGGAGUUGAAAUUGGCAUUGACACAAUUCAGUUUGGUGCUCCAGCUUCAAAUGGGAAUGAAAAUGAAAUUGUGCCUGUGCUUUCGGAUAAAAACACUGACAAGAUACCUGAACCGAAAGAACAACGGCAGAAGCAGCCUCGGGCAGGCCCUAUCAAAGCCCAGAAGCUUCCAGAUUUGAGUCCAGUAGAAAACAAAGAACACAAACCAGGUCCUAUUGGAAAAGAGCGAUCGUUAAAAAAUAGAAAGGUGAAAGAUGCCCAACAGGUGGAGCCAGAAGGACAAGAGAAACCAAGCGCUGCUACAGUCAGAAAUACAGAUCCUGUAACAACAAAGGAAACCAAAGCAGUUUCUGAAAUGUCUACUGAAAUAGGAACAAUGAUUUCGGUCUCAUCCACGGAAUAUGGCACUAAUGUGAAGGAGUCUGUGACAGACUAUACGACACCUUCUUCUUCUCUGCCUAGCACUGUGGCUACUAAUAGUGCAAAGAUGGAGGACACUUUGGUUAACGAUGUGCCCCUGCCCAACACCCUCCCCCUCCCUAAGAGGGAGACUAUCCAACAGAGCUCCAGCCUCACUUCAGCUCCUCCCACUACUUUCAGCCUCACCUUCAAGAUGGAGUCAGCACGUAAGGCAUGGGAGAAUUCUCCAAAUGUACGGGAAAAGGGGUCUCCAGUAACUUCCACAGCACCUCCAAUUGCAAGUGGAGUCAGCAGUAGUGCCAGUGGGCCCAGCCCUGCUAAUUACAAUUCAUUCUCAAGUGCAUCAAUGCCUCAGAUUCCUGUUGCUUCAGUCACUCCCACAACAUCACUAUCAGGAGCUGGUACAUACACUACCUCUUCUUUGAGUACAAAAUCUACAACCACAUCAGACCCUCCUAAUAUCUGUAAAGUGAAACCCCAGCAGUUACAGACAAGCAGCCUACCUUCUGCAAGUCAUUUUUCACAGUUAAGCUGUAUGCCUUCCCUUAUUGCCCAGCAACAACAGAGUCCACAAGUCUAUGUGUCUCAGUCUGCAGCAGCUCAAAUCCCUGCAUUCUAUAUGGACACGAGUCAUUUAUUCAACACCCAACAUGCACGCUUGGCCCCGCCAUCCUUGGCUCAGCAACAAGGCUUCCAGCCAGGUCUUUCUCAGCCAGCCUCAGUUCAGCAGAUUCCGAUCCCUAUUUACGCGCCACUGCAAGGGCAGCAUCAGGCCCAGCUGGGUCUCGGUGCUGGACCUGCCGUUUCCCAGACUCAGGAGCUGUUCACUUCCUCACUUCAGCCGUACAGGUCUCAGCCAGCCUUUAUGCAAAGCAGUCUGUCACAACCAUCUGUGGUCCUUUCUGGUACUGCCAUCCAUAACUUUCCAGCUGUGCAACACCAGGAACUUGCAAAGGCACAAUCAGGUCUUGCCUUUCAACAAACCUCAAAUACGCAACCUAUUCCUAUCUUGUAUGAACAUCAGCUGGGUCAGGCAUCAGGACUAGGAGGUUCCCAGCUGAUUGAUACACAUCUUCUCCAGGCUAGAGCAAAUCUUACCCAGGCUUCAAAUCUUUAUUCUGGACAAGUACAACCGCCUGGUCAGACAAAUUUUUAUAACACUGCCCAGUCACCAAGUGCUCUCCAGCAGGUAAACUAUGGCAUGGUUACGGUACCUUUACCAGCAUCUCAGCUUUCGUUGCCUAAUUUUGGAUCUACGGGGCAGCCUUUAAUUGCUCUGCCUCAGACUCUUCAGCCCCCAUUACAGCAUACCACCCCGCAAGCCCAGGCCCAGAGCCUGAGUCGUCCUGCACAAGUAAGCCAGCCUUUUAGAGGACUAAUCCCUGCUGGAACACAGCAUAGCAUGAUCGCAACCACGGGAAAAAUGUCUGAAAUGGAACUGAAAGCCUUUGGAAGUGGCAUUGAUAUAAAACCAGGCACACCUCCGAUCAGCGGUAGAAGUACCACACCAACAUCUAGUCCCUUCCGGGCUACUUCCACAAGUCCGAACAGCCAGUCCGGCAAAAUGAACAGCAUUGUCUAUCAGAAGCAGUUCCAGUCAGCCCCUGCCACUGUGAGAAUGACACAACCAUUUCCUACACAGUUUGCACCCCAGAUUCUCUCUCAGCCUAACCUGGUCCCUCCAUUGGUAAGAGCCCCACAUACUAACACCUUCCCAGCGCCUGUUCAGAGGCCACCAAUGGCACUGGCCAGUCAGAUGCCUCCUCCGCUGACCACAGGCCUCAUGAGCCAUGCUCGUUUGCCACAUGUAGCCAGGGGUCCUUGUGGAUCACUAUCUGGAGUCAGAGGUAAUCAGGCCCAGGCUGCGUUGAAGGCUGAACAAGACAUGAAGGCAAAGCAGAGAGCAGAGGUUCUUCAGUCCACGCAACGGUUCUUCUCUGAACAACAACAGAGCAAACAGAUAGGAGGCAAAGCCCAGAAAGUGGACAGUGAUUCCAGUAAACCUCCUGAAACACUGGCCGACCCACCUGGUGUCUGUCAGGAAAAAGUAGAAGAAAAGCCACCCCCUGCACCCACCAUAGCCACCAAACCUGUUAGAACUGGACCAAUCAAGCCUCAGGCGAUCAAAACAGAAGAAACAAAAUCUUAAAGGCUAUGGUUUAUUGCCGGGGCCGGGGGCCGGGGGCCAGGGGAGGGGAGCGGGGAAAGAGGGAGAACUGAGUCGGAUAAUGCCAGCAGCCAAAGGGGUAAAAUGGUCUGUGACAUUAUCCUGUCCAGAGCUUGGAGGUACACAGGGGACACAGGAGCAAUUCACACUGACACACAGCUGCUGCACCAGUAAAGUGAGGCUUUGCCGGCUCGCACCUGCUAUGUGGUGCACACUCGGUUGACCGCCGUGCAUCUUCGGUCAGAAUCUAUGUACAGAUAUGCACACGCAUCCCGUGAGUGCACAGAAUUUAGAACUGCAAUCCUUACGGUUAGAUGAAACACCAGAAGUAGAGGAAAAUAACCUGCAGAGGAACAGCUGAUGCCGAACAGCAGUGAUUCCAGCUAAUGUGUCAGGUGUGGUCUCUUUGCUCCCUGUGUGCUUUGGGUAUGGUUGUAGCAUUUGUGGGCUUGGUGGUCAAGAACUGAAGGUAACUGGUGCUGGAUAGAGGAGCCUUAUUUUUUAUUAUGGCAGCUUGCUAUUUUUGUAACCUUGUGAUUGAGUUGAACACAAUCAAAGUACAGUAACUGAUCUCCCCUUCUUCCUGGAUGAGUGAGUAGAUGAUGAAAUGUUGACGUCCACACCCUUGGACGUCCCCAAGAGGGCAGGGUUUGGCUAACCGCUUCUGUUUGAAAUGAUGCUGUUUUGGUUGUGGCCCGAAGCUUUGAAGUGCUACUUGGCGUCUCCUUUCUUCCACGGAGUUCUUACCGUUCAAACACGACAGAUUGGGUAAAAUACUAGUUAGAUUGAGUCUGGCUUGCCUCCACUCCAUCAUUUUUGUAUGAAUCCAAUGGGGUUUGUUGGGUUUUGGUGGGGUUUUUUUUUGUUUUUUUUUUUUUAACGGUUUUUUAGCUCAUGUUCAUCAAGAGCAGUGAAUACCUAGAACCGUGCCCUUAAUGACAGGAAAUCCUGUCUGAGAAGGUGCAUUUCUUUACCAGAGCUGUGUUGUACCACCCUUUGGGCCCUCUGCUGGAAAAGUAGAAUCAAGUCUCAAAUAAUGCCUUUUUAAAUUGUAUCCUCUAGUAUUCUAGAUGUAGGACAGUACUGUAUCAUACCUCUGUGAAUGUAAAAUACCUUGUACCUGCUUUAUGAUACGUAACAGUGACCGUGCUUUCUCAGAGCUGUUUUUAAUGACGUUAUUCUAGAAUGUUUUCUUUCCAGAUGAUGAUUGAGAAGCUAAUAAAAAAAAAAAAAAAUGGUGCCAGGUACCACAACAGUAACAGAACUUUGCUGUUUUCUGGGGUUUGUUUUUUUACCUGUUUUUUUUCUUUUUUAUUAAUGGAGCGUGCUGGAUGUGUCUAUAAUCUUGUGCAGAUGACCGCAGAACCUGGAAAGGCUGUUGCUGCUAUUGAUGCAUAACAUACUGCUAUUGGUCUUUUUAUAUAAAUAAAUAAAUAAAUAUAUAUAUAUAUAUACAUACAUAUACAUAUAUAUAUAUAUAAAUAAUUUGAAUUUUUGGAAACCUUAGCUGUGCUGUCAACUUUGGAAAAACUACCCCAGUCGUACCGUGUUGGGUUGGCAUUGUACAGAAAUUAACAGCCAUAUUGGUCUAGAAAUGUUAAACACAAUUUUUUCCAUUUGUACAGGGGUAACGCGCUGUAUUAAAUGUGUAAGGUCUUAUCUACAUGGGUUUGAUUACAGAAACUAAUAAAGUAUUCUCUAAAUAAUGAA